AACCAAACCAAAUCAAAUCAAAUCGAAUCAAGCUCUAGAAGAGAUUACAGGAGCAGGUACUUCGUAAAAGUUAAAUAAGAAGAAAGUGAGAUUACAGAGUGCUAUCUACUCUUUUAAUUUGUUGCUAAAUAAAUUAACAAAACAAAAUUGCCACUAGAGCAAAAUAUUUCUAAUAAUUUGGAACAAAAUGAAGCGAUUUGCUUUGCUUUUUGUUGCACUUGUUGUGCAAGUUGCAGCUGAUCCACAUCUGUUGUCCGAUGAGUUUAUUGAAAUUGUUCGUUCCAAGGCCAAAACUUGGGAGGUCGGUCGUAAUUUCGGCCCCUCAGUAUCUGAAUCAUACAUCAAAGGCUUGAUGGGAGUACAUCCGGACGCCCACAAAUAUGCCUUGCCACCAAAACAAAUGGAAUAUUUCUCAGCUGAUGACCUUCCAGAGAAUUUUGAUUCGCGCAAACAGUGGCCAAACUGUCCAACUAUUCAGGAAAUUCGUGAUCAAGGCUCCUGUGGCUCAUGCUGGGCAUUUGGAGCUGUCGAAGCUAUGUCAGAUCGAGUUUGCAUUCACUCCAAAGGAAAACUCAAUUUCCACUUCUCAGCCGAUGACUUGGUUUCAUGCUGCCACACUUGCGGAUUUGGGUGCAAUGGUGGUUUCCCAGGUGCAGCUUGGGCUUACUGGAAACGCAAGGGUAUCGUUAGUGGAGGUACCUACGGAUCUAACCAGGGAUGUCGUCCAUAUGAAAUCGCACCUUGCGAGCAUCAUGUGAAUGGAACUCGUCCUCCCUGUGAUGGCGAACAUGGCAAAACACCUCGUUGCCAACAUCAAUGCCAAAACACCUACAAAGUUAAAUACAACGAUGACAAACACUUUGGAAAAUCAUCCUACUCAGUCCACAAAGAUGUGCAACAAAUCCAAAACGAAAUUAAAAACAAUGGACCAGUAGAAGGAGCAUUUACAGUUUAUGAGGAUUUAAUUUUAUACAAAAAGGGUGUCUAUCAACAUGUACAUGGUAAGGCUCUUGGUGGCCAUGCUAUCCGUAUCAUUGGUUGGGGUGUUGAAAACCAAACACCCUACUGGCUAAUUGCUAACUCUUGGAACUCCGACUGGGGUGAUAAUGGAACAUUCAAAAUUCUCCGUGGCAGCGAUCAUUGUGGUAUUGAGAGUGACAUAUCUGCUGGUUUGCCAGUUGUUUAGAUUUUAGCUUUUGCUUUCCAUCAACAAAAACUAUAUUGAGCAGCAAGUUUUAAAAUCUUUUGUCAAUGUAGAUAAUAUUUUUUAGUUUUUUCUUUUUCUUUUAUUCUGUUGAAAUUGGUUAGAAAAAUAAUGUGUAUCGCCUUCAAAAAUAAAGACUUUAAUUUGUAAUUUAAUAAUGUA